AUGUCGAUGUUGGACCCAGCUGUUGUGUCAGCCUUCCUGGCAGAAAGCUUGGCGACAGAUCGGCAGGGUGGUCGUUUGCUGAAGAAGAUCGGCAGCAAUGGCCACUGCGGUACACAAGGAACAGCCGAAAGGAUCCGUCGAGUCUAUGCCAUGCCCGCAGAUUUGCCACCAGUCUGUCGGACUCCUGACUCGACCGGCAGCAGACCCGACCGGCAAAUUCCCCUUGUACCACGCAGCAGCAGUGGGCAAGCACAACUGGUGAAGUCCAGCAGUACGCCCACAUUGAAGUAUCAGCCUUUCGAUCCUGCGCGAACAGGAACGAACCUCAAACACAACCGGCACUUCGAUGUGCCAUUCCCACAGUUGCUGUUUCAGCACAGAGUGUUCCAGCGUGACUGA